GGAGAGACCAGGAGGAGACGCAACCACCCUUAUUAACAAAAGCUCGAUUUUGUCCCUGUGGACCCAGCCAUCAGAAGGGACUGGAGAGCCGUGGCUUGCUGCCAGGGAGGUCGGGCUCCCUGCAAACAGUUGCAGGCAUCCUUUAGCAUGCCCUUCUCCCAGGGAGUCCUAAUCCUUGGCAAUCGGGAAGUUUUCAAAGCCGUAGCAGCUGGAGCCUUGGAGAAGACCAGCAAAGACAGUGGAGUGUGUAUGUGAACUUCAGUGCUGUAUUUUCUUGUUGGGUGGGUUAAUGGAUUUUUAGUACAAAGAAAGCUAAAACUCAGCUGACCUGAAAGACUGGAAUUUCAGCUCUCUUUCCCUCCCUGGGCUGUUUUUCCUCCCCCUUCCUCUCAGAGCCCUUUAAACCAGAGAUUACCGGGUCAGUGACUCUUCUCCCGCCCGCUGGCCAAGGGUUUCUAGCUUUUUGGCUUGGCAAGGAAAACCACUACCUGAUUGAAAAAAAGCACUUGGGAGGCACAUUAAUCUUGCCGGCGAUGUCAGGAGUGAUCAGCGAGUUUUAUUAAAAGCUCCGGGACUGCCUGAAAGGCCUCCUUGUCUGAGUUUUGAAACGAAAGGGAUGUGUUAAGAUCUGGGGGCACAUUGUCAGGACCCAUUGCCCUGCCCCUUGGACUAUGAACUAACAUCCUCAGAGGAAGCACAGAAGCCUCCUUUGUUGCAGAGGUUUCACUGGUGGAUGGAAAGGAGUUGGCCUCUGUCGGCAUGAGCUCCCUCAGCCAGGGUGGGCUCCGUGCCCUGCUGCUGCUGCUGCUGCUGCCCAGAUGGGCCAGCCCCUCCUUCGUCAGUGUUAACCGUGGGGUCCAGGUGAUGAAAGGCAGCUCCGCCUUCCUGUCUCAAGAUGACCUGAAGUUUGCCAUCCCCGAAGAGAAAGAUACCUGCAAAGUGGAAGUUGUGAUGAAUGAGCCAAUCACCCAGAGGGUUGGGAAACUCACUCCACAGGUCUUUGACUGCCAUUUCCUUCCCAAUGAAGUAAAGUACACUCACAAUGGCUGCCCAAUUCUUGAUGAAGAUGCGGUGAAACUUAGACUUUACAGAUUGACUGAGACAGACACCUUCAUGGAAACUUUUAUCCUGCGCAUCUAUCUCCUAGAACCGGACUGUAACAUCAUCCUUAUGAGUGACAAUGUAUUAGAGGUGUCUGAAUUCUAUGGCCUGUCCCGAGCCAUUGAUAAGAACCUGCUCAGAUUUGAUUACCACAGGAUGGCUAGCCUGGAAUGUACCAUCAGGCUGGAUCCUGUGGAAACUCGACUGCCAGCCCAUGGCCAGAUGGUAUUGGUGGAGCCCCAAUUGGAAGAGCCUCGUGGAGAUCAGCCGCACAGUUUUUUCCCUAAGUCUCAGCUGGGAACAGAACUGAAGUGUCCAGGAGGCAGGUGUACCAUGGGACUGAAGAAAGUAGGAAGUCUCAAAGUGAGCUGUGAGGAGUUCCUGCUGCUGGGGCUUCGAUAUCAGCAUCUGAAUCCCCCCUCUCCCAACAUUGAUUACAUCUCCAUCCGACUGGACCUCACAGACAGCAGGAGUAAGAUCACGUACAAGUCAGAGAGUGCGUGGUUGCCCGUCUAUAUCAGAGGUGGCAUUCCUAAUCAGAUCCCACGGGCUGCAUUCAUGGCCAUGUUUAUUCUGGAAGUGGAUCAGUUCAUCUUGACCUCUUUGACUACAUCAGUUCUGGACUGUGAAGAGGAUGAGACCCCCAAACCCUUGCUGGUGUUCAACAUCACUAAAGCCCCGCUCCAGGGCUAUGUGACUCACUUGUGGGAUCACACCAGACCCGUGUCCUCCUUCACCUGGAAAGAUCUAAAUGACAUGCAGAUCGCAUAUCAGCCACCAAACAACAGCCAUUCUGAGAGGAGACAUUAUGAGGUGGAAGUGGAGGUGUAUGACUUCUUCUUUGAAAAGAGCGCACCUAUUACAGUCCAUAUCUCCAUUAGAACAGCAGAUACAAAUGCUCCGCGAGUGUCCUGGAACACAGGUCUUAAUCUCCUGGAGGGACAGUCUCGGGCCAUCACUUGGGAACAGUUUCAAGUUGUUGACAAUGAUGACAUUCAUGCUGUCCAGCUGGUCACUGUGGAUGGGCUGCAGCAUGGACAGCUCUCUCUAAGAGGAGGGAAGGGGUUUCUCUUCACUGUGGCUGACCUUCAGGCUGGAGUUGUUCAAUAUCAUCAUGACGACAGUGACUCCACCAAAGACUUUGUGGUCUUCAGGAUAUUUGAUGGCCAGCAUAGCAUCCGACACAAGUUUCCCAUUAACAUCUUGCCCAAAGAUGAUAGUCCUCCAUUCCUCAUUACCAAUGUUGUGAUUGAACUGGAGGAGGGACAGACUGUACCAAUCCAGGGUUCCAUGCUGAGAGCUUCAGACAUGGACUCCAGUGAUGACUACAUCUUCUUUAAUAUCACGAAACCCCCACAGGCUGGAGAGAUUGUGAAGAAACCAGCACCAGGACUGAUAGGCUAUCCUGUCCCUGGCUUCCUUCAGAAGGAUCUAUUCAAUGGCAUCAUUUACUAUCGUCACUUUGGUGGAGAACUCUUUGAAGAUUCUUUCGAAUUUGUCCUGUGGGACAGCCAUGAACCUCCAAAUCUCUCAGUGCCACAGGUGGUGACAGUCCAUAUCACUCCAGUGGAUGAUCAGCUUCCAAAAGAGGCUCCUGGGGUUGCUCGGCAUUUGGUUGUCAAGGAAACGGAGGUAGCCUACAUCACUAAGAAACAUCUACAUUUUCUAGAUGUAGAGUCACAUGACAGGGAUCUGCUCUACAUGAUAACAACUCCUCCAUUUUUCUCCUUCAGCCACAGACAUUUGGAUGCUGGGAAAUUAUUCAUGGUGGACAGUAUACCAAAGCUAACCAAAAAUCCUGCAACUCCAGAGUUAAAGUCAUUCACACAGCAUGCUGUGAACUAUAUGAAAGUGGCCUACAUGCCACCCAUGCAAGAUAUAGGCCCCCAUCCACAACAUGUCCAGUUCGCAUUUUCCAUCAGUAACCAGCAUGGUGGCACUUUGUAUGGGAUCUGUUUUAACAUCACGAUUCUUCCAGUGGACAAUCAAGUUCCUAAGAUAUUUACCAACCCUCUGAGAGUGGCUGAAGGAGGUCAGUGUGUCAUCAGCCCAGAGCACGUCCUGGUUUCUGACGUGGACACCAAUCUGGACAAUAUCCGUCUCUCCCUGCAGAGAGGGCCUCAACAUGGAAGGGUGGAGAUGGAUGGAUUUGCUCUGAACACAGGGGCCACAUUUUCCUGGGGAGAACUCUGUGCCUUAAAAGUUAGGUAUCAGCAUGAUGGAUCUGAGGUACUUCAUGAUGACAUACUACUGGAGGUCACAGAUGGCACAAAUUCAGCAGACUCUGUUCUAUAUGUUGAGGUGCUUCCUGUAAAUGACGAGCCGCCAGUCUUAAAGGCAGACCUCAUCCCCACGGUGCCCUGCUCAGAGGGUGAAGAGGUGGUUAUCACCUCUGAACACAUCUUUGCCACCGAUGUGGACAGUGAUGAUCUGCAACUGAUGUUUGUGAUUGUUCGAGAACCUCAGCAUGGGGCAGUGAGGAAAGCUGGAGUGACGGUGCAUCAGUUUUCUCAGGGAGAUGUUAUGGCAGGGGCUGUGACAUACAAACACACAGGUGGCGAGAUUGGCCUGGUGCCUUGCUUUGACACCAUUACGUUGGUGGUUUCAGACAGAGAAGCUGGGCCUUUUGUUAAUGGCUGUUGCUACAGUGGACCUCAUGCAGCUGUCCCUAUUCAUGAGUCCUUUCCGGUGUAUGAUCUCAACAUCACAGUAUAUCCAGUGGACAACUACUCACCUUCAAUUGCAAUAGGUACCAUGUUCAUUGUAGAUGAGGGUUUCUCAGCAGCCCUUACCAUUAACCAUUUAUCUGCCACUGACCCUGACACUGCAGCAGAUGACUUGGAAUUUGUUUUGGUUUCUCCUCCCCAGUUCGGCUACCUUGAAAACAUACUCCCUUCUGAAGGUUUUGAAAAAAGCAAUAUGGGCAUCAGCAUAGCUUCAUUUCAGUGGAAAGACAUGAAGGCUUUGCACAUUAACUAUGUGCAGUCCAGGCAUCUGAGGAUGGAACCAACGGCCGACCAGUUCAUGGUAUAUGUAACAGAUGGGAAGCAACGCUCCUCGGAGAUACCAUUUUACAUUAUCAUCAACCCCACAAAUGAUGAAGCUCCUGACUUUGUAGUGCAGAAUUUUACUGUGUGUGAGGGUCAGAUGAGAGAGCUGGAUUCUUCCAUCAUCAAUGCUGCUGACCUUGACAUUCCUAAGGACGCUUUGCUCUUCACCAUCACUCACCAACCACGUCAUGGCUUCCUCAUCAACAAAGUGUUUAUCAAAGACUUUUCUCAAUACAAGCAGCCUGCCAGCCCUAACCAGAAGCACGAACUUGUUUACAAUUUUUCCAUGGAACUUCUCAAGAAUGGAAUGAGGUUGAUGUAUGUACAUGAUGAUUCAGAGAGCCUUGCUGAUGACUUUACAAUCCAGUUGUCAGAUGGGAAACAUAAGAUAUUUAAAACCAUUUCUAUAGUGGUCACUCCAGUUAAUGAUGAGAAACCAGUACUGAGCAAGAAGGCUGAAAUUACAAUGAAUAUGGGCGAAACUCGUAUUAUUUCGAGUGCUAUUCUUUCAGCCAUAGAUGAAGACUCACCCAGGGAGAAGAUUUACUAUGUAUUUGAAAGGCUUCCCCAAAAUGGACAACUUCAGCUUAAGACAGGGAGGGACUGGGUCCCUCUGUACCCUGGCAUGAAAUGCACUCAGGAGGAAGUGGAUCUGAACUUGCUGAGAUACACACACACCGGGGCACUGGAUUCCCAGAACCGAGACAGCUUCACCUUCUACCUCUGGGAUGGUGACAAUAGAUCACCUUCAUUUGAGUGUCACAUCACCAUCAAGGAUAUGCGAAAAGGUGAUAUUGUCAUCCUGACAGAACCACUUGUGGUGUCUAAAGGGGACAGAGGUUUCCUGACAACCAGCACCCUCCUUGCCAUGGACGGAACAGACAAGCCUGAGGAACUGCUCUACGUUAUCACCUCCCCACCACAAUAUGGCCAGGUCGAAUAUGUCCGCCAUCCUGGAGUCCCCAUUACUAGCUUCAGCCAAAUGGACAUAGCAGGACAGACAGUCUGCUAUGUACAUAAGAGCCCAGCAGCUGUCCACAGAGACACAUUCAGAUUCAUCAUCAGCAAUGGACUGCAGACCACAGGGGUGUUUGAAAUCACCCUGGAGACUGUGGACAGAGCCUUACCUGUGGUGACCAGGAACAAGGGGCUGAGACUGGCCGAAGGGGCCACGGGCCUGCUGUCCCCUGACCUCCUUCAGCUGACCGACCCUGACACUCCAGCAGAGAACCUCACCUUCCUUGUGGCCCAGCUCCCACGACAUGGCCAGCUCUACCUCUGGGGGAUGGUGCUGCUCCAACACAACUUUACUCAGCUGGACGUGGACAGCGGGCGUGUGGCCUACAGGCACUCAGGAGGGGACUCGCAGAUGGACCACUUUACUUUUGUGGCCACGGAUGGGACAAACCAAGGCUUUCUUGUGGAUGGGAGAGUGUUCCAAGAACCUGUUUCAUUCACCAUCCAGGUGGACCCACUGGACAAAGCAGCCCCCAGCAUCACCCUCUUACAUUCCCCAUCUCAAGUGGGGCUCCUGAAAAAUGGCUGUUACGGGAUUUACAUCACUUCCCACAUGUUGAAGGCAUCAGACCCUGACACCGAUGACAAUCAGAUCAUCUUUAAGAUUUUACAACGCCCCAAACACGGACAUCUGGAGAACACAACCACAGGUGAAUUUAUCAAUGAGGAAUUUACAAAGGACUUGAACAGUAAGACCAUUCUCUACGUGAUAAAUCCAUCUUUGGAAGUAAAUUCAGAUACCAUGGAAUUCCAAAUCAUGGACCCCACAGGGAACUCUGCCACUCCUCAAAUUUUGGAACUGAAGUGGUCUCAUGUUGAGUGGUCACAGACUGAAUAUGAGGUCUGUGAGAAUGUGGGCGUGUUACCCUUGGAAAUUACCAGAAGGGGAUAUUCCAUGGACUCAGCCUUUGUCAACCAAGUGUCAGCUACAGUUGGAAAGGAUUUCACCAUGACUCCGUCUAAACUGAUUCAAUUUGACCCAGGAAUGUCAACUAAGAUGUGGAAUAUAGCAAUUACCUAUGACGGAUUAGAGGAAGAUGAUGAGGUCUUUGAAGUAAUUCUGAACUCCCCGGUGAAUGCAGUUCUUGGCACAAAGACAAAAGCUGCAGUGAAAAUUUUGGACUCAAAAGGAGGACAGUGCCAUCCUUCGUAUGCCUUCAACCCAAACACACCCCAUGCAAGGGAGAAGGGCAUUUGGCGCCGGCUCUCCCCAGGGGCUUCCUUACCCACCACUUCUGGCUCCUUUCAUCUGGAAAGAAGACCCCUUCCAUCUUCCACGCGGCUAGCAGUCGCCAGGGGAGACGCCCUGUGGGACUAUGAUUCUGAAGAUCUUUCUCGAAUGAAGCUUAGGACCAGAGGCAAUGGCAAAACAGUUCAUCCAUCCUCUGUUUAUAGAAAUGGAACAGACAUCAUCUAUAAUUAUCACGGGAUGGUUUCCCUGAAACUGGAGGAUGACAGUUCCCUAACUCGCAAAAGGAAGGCCCAAGUAUCCGUUAUUAGUCAGCCCCAAAAGACAACCAAAGCUGCAGAACUGCCUCAAGCAGAUAAGGUGGAAUCCACAACCAGCUCACACUUCCCCAGACAGGACCAAUUACCUUCAUUUCCAAAAAACUGCACACUGGAAUUAAAGGGACUCUUCCACUUUGAAGAAGGUCUUCAAAAGCUGUAUAAGUGCAAUGGAAUUGCUUGGAAAUCUUGGAGCCCACACACCAAGGAGGUGGAAGAUAAAUCCUGCCCAGCUGGGUGGCACCAUCACUCAGGCUACUGCCACUCCUUGAUCACAGAGCACAAGCAUACCUGGAGCACAGCAGCCCGAGCUUGCAGAGAACAGCAUCUGGGCAGCCUUGUAAGUGUGCUCUCCAGGCAGCAUAUGCAGUGGCUUUGGGACCUCAGUGGAAGAAAGCCCUUUUGGAUAGGUUUGAAUGACCGAGUGCGUGCUGGCCACUGGGAGUGGAUUGGUGGUGAACCUGUGACCUUCACCAACUGGAGGAGAAGUCCCCCUAAACAUUCAAAGGCUGACAAGAACUGUGUUUUGGUUCAGAGACAAGGAAAAUGGCAAACAAAGGGCUGUAGGAAGGGCAAAUCUCACAAUUAUGUAUGCUCCAAGAAACUCUGAAUGCAACUGGCCCUGCAGGUGCCCACUUAUGAUUUCUCACCUGUUUAUUUCCAGGAUUUAUGCAUAUUGUUCAAUAGAAAACAAGGUGUCAUGGCUGAUUUGGUAUAUUUUUAAAAAUCGUAGUGUAUGAGUGGUUCUAUCUAGUAAAAAAGACACGCAGAUAAAUAGUUCCAGAAAGAUUGACAAAUGAAUAUUUCUUAUAGGAAGAGGUAAAGUUUUUGCAUUUCAGUAUAAAUCCCUGAAAUAUUAUGUGGUACACAAUUUUAUUAUUCUGGAGACCUCACUUUAUAUUUCAAUCAACACAAAUUUCGUGAUCCUUGGGUUUUUUUUGGUCCCAGUGUCUCAAAUGAGUUCAUUCUGAAAUCUAUAUUACAGGUGCUUCUACCACUUCAGUCUGAGUGAAAUGCCCCAUGCCCAACCUUAAAUCAAGGUUGAACUGCAAAGGGUUGCUUUGUCCCUUUGGAACCCUUUUUAAUGUGGAGGCUGUGGUAAAAGGCUGUGGAUAAAAAUGAGAAUUCUCUGUGGUGAAAAAGGAAGGCUCUAGAUGGAAGAAUCUUGCAGAUGGAAGUUCAUCUGCAGAACUCUAGUUCAGGUAAGAAUUCAGGGGGCUACCUGUCCUUCAGGUCUACCCAUCACCACUCAUGAGACAGAUCUCCUUUUCCAAUGAGAAUGUUGGCAUGGUGCCAUUCCAAAGUGAAUGAUUGGGUUUCCCUGGCUUUACAGAGUCAUGAGAAAUUUGAAGUAACAUGAGCCUCUAUCUUCAUUCCUGUUUAUUGUCCUGACUAGCAUUUCUCAAGGACAUUUGGAAUAAAGAGGAUAUAUGAAUUAUGGUUAACAUAUGGAAGAAAAAUAUGGCUUCCUCCAGUGUAUCUGAGUGAACUAUGCUGAUGAACAAGGAAAAAUAAUACUGAAAACAGAGCCCUUGAAAGCUAUAUUCUCAGAACGGAUUUGGAUAAAAUUUUGAGCCCUUAAAUAUUUAAUAUUUGUAGAAAUGACAUGUUAACCUGAUUCUCUAAUGUCAAGGUACCUUAUUAAUUUAUAAUGGCAGCUGAGUGAACCACUUCUGUAACAGUGAAGCAUGCCACAGCCUUGAAAGAACUCCCUUCAAAAAUCAAGAUUUAAUUACAGGAAAUGAAAAAUUUAUUCCGAAACAUUUAUUCAAAAUUGUCCUUUUUUUCAUAAUCACUGAAAAAGAUGGUUUGUGCCAAAUGUUAGUUGCUAUGUGAGCACCAGUGUAUCUUCAGAAUUAAAACAUAGUUACCAAGUAGACCAAAGUUUUGGUGUAGGUUUUAUUAUAAUAAUACCUUGAUGAAACUGAAAAGGACUGAAGAAACUCAGUCCUGUUUCUGGAUGAAAAACAUGACAAGCUUUUAUCUGUGCACAUUUAUCAAGAUUUUGGCUAAUGGAAAUAUUUACAAAAAGGGGUUGGAAUGAGAUUGAGAUGUUCUACCUUUUGUUAAAUUCCAGCAUCAUUGUGAAGUAAGGAGGCUACUUACCUUGGGUAUAUUACUAUUAGGCUAUAAGAUACAGGUCUUCUGUAUGACACAGCAUUUGGUGGUGUUUAACCAAAAGAUGUAAAACCCAUUCUCUAUAUCAGUUCAAAUCCCUUCUGAUACACUGGCUUCUGUAAUGUGAAUGCCUGCUGGAUAAAGAAAUGAAGAGUUGUUCACCUAAAGGGAUAUAUCCUCCAAGGGAAAGUAAAAGUUCAAGGAAUACAGAAUUCCUAGAAUUUAAAUUUACGAUUUAAAACUGGAAAUCCAGAACCAUAACAACUAUGUAGAACCUGGUCAGCAUGGUAGAUUUUAUUGUACUUUUCUGCAAUGACAAGGAUAUGUAAAUGCAAUUGCAAAUGUUAGCCAAAGAGAGAAUGCUUUGAUUUUCAUAGCAUCUAGAGAUACUAGAAGAGUGUUUAAAAUAUUCCUGAUCAUGAAAAUAUUAAUCAAGUUGUAAAGAUCCAAGUAAUUAAAAGAAGGUAACAAAUAAAAAUUCAGGCACAUUGGGGUGCUGAACAGUAUUCACCAUGACUUUCAUCUCCUUUUCCUGAUUGGUCUUUGACUGAUGGGGGAGUAGAAGUAAGUGAUUGUCAUGGUUCUCUCUACCUUGAUUGGUUACCAUCAUCCUUUAGGUUCUAGUGGGAGCAUGAGGAAGGAAAUGGAGUAAUGAUAGAAUGGGAAUGGGGAGAUUAUGGGAAAGGAGAAGAUAGGGGAGAGUGGAGAGAAGGGUUGAGUAGGAAGAGAUGGGGAUUGAUUGGUGGCUAAGAAAGGGAAAAUCAGAAAGAAGGACCUGAAUGCCCCUGAACUCUUCUCCCUAGACUUGAAUACCAACUCAGGAAAAGUCCCACUUAAUCCAAGGGCAUUAACCCAGCUCCACAGCAUGUAGCUUUUCAGAAUCUUGUGACUGUUGGUCUUUAACAAAAACAUAGGUCCAUAGCAUAUAUUUGCUUAAUGUAAACUUAAAAAACAGAAUUAUUUCAUCUCCCUCCAAUGAGUAGUAAAAAUGAGCCAGGUGACAUUUAUUUGCAUUGACACUAUGGUUUAUGUAAUUUAAGCCAUAAACUGGUGCUGAAUAAUUUCUGUAACAAAGCAGCAUAUUAAAUGUACUGUAUCUAUUGCUGUAUACAAAUUAAUAAAAUAAACAUAUUUCUAGUUCUGGA